AUGUUAUGGAUAGAAAAAAGGAUGGGAUCAGGUGACAAUCCCCGAUCUAUCCUGCAACAUCUCAUGGACGAUGCCGAGAUUCCUGAUGAUCUGGAUGAUGCAACACUCUGGAAGUUCAUCGCGAGUCUCAUUGCAGACCCACCCAAGAGGAAGAGAUUGGAGAAGGUGUCCACGUUCGAAGAUGUCAUCACUCUUAUUGAUAGAUCUACAAAAAUUAUUGUUCUCACUGGAGCUGGUGUGUCUGUUUCAUGUGGCAUACCUGACUUCCGAUCUCGCAAUGGUAUAUAUGCCCGACUCUCUGUGGACUACCCUGAUUUGCCCGACCCACAAGCAAUGUUCGACAUCACAUACUUCAAAAAGAAUCCCAAGCCAUUUUUUAAGUUUGCUAAGGAAAUCUAUCCAGGCCAGUUCAAACCUUCAUUGAGUCACUUAUUCAUUGGUGCUUUGGAGAGGUCAGGAAAGUUGUUGAGAAAUUACACACAGAACAUCGACACGUUGGAACCUUCUGCUGGCAUCACCAAGAUCAUACAGUGCCAUGGCUCCUUCUCUACAGCAUCCUGCAUGGUGUGCAAACACAAGGUCAAUGCAGAAGUUAUUAGACAAGAUGUUAUGGACCAAGUUGUUCCUAAAUGCCCAAACUGUUCACCGGAAUCUGAUCUUUCCAUUUUGAAACCUGAUAUUGUCUUUUUUGGAGAAAGUCUAUCGGAAGAGUUCCACCGACAGUUUGAAAUGGAUAAAGAGGAAUGUGAUCUUCUUAUUGUGAUGGGCUCAAGUCUCAAGGUCAGACCUGUCGCCAUCAUUCCAAAUGUUUUGCCAUCCCAUGUGCCUCAGAUACUCAUCAACAGGGAAUCACUCUCCCACAUGAAUUUUGAUGUUGAACUGCUUGGUGACUGUGACCUGAUCGUACAACAACUU